AUGUUGAACAUUGUUGAUACAUUAAAUGAACAUUGUUUUAUGGAUACUGAUAAUGAAUUAAAUUUAUUGACAAAUAUCAAAAAUAAUUAUGAAACAUCAUGUGUCAAUAAUAUAGAAAAUGAUACUUUUCUUAAACUUUAUGGGGCAAAAAGUGCUCGUGAUACAUUUGAAUUUAUUUUAUCAAAUGAUUCUACAUUUAAAAACAAAACUAUAGACAAAAAUCAAAAUGAAUUAACUGAUUCAGAUUACGAACAACUUAAUAAUCUUGUACGAAAGUACAGAAAUAGACAUACAUUAAUUCAUCUGAUCAUAGAUUUUCUUGAAUUCUCUAACACACGUUUGAACUUCAUUGGAUUUGUAGAUGGAAAAUUUAGAAUUAUUAAUGAAUAUUUUAUUGUUAAUCAAAAUAAACUGAAGAAAAAUGCUUUUAUCGUACUUAAUGGUGAUGAUACAAUUUGUGGUCCACUAUUUGCUCUUGAUCGAAAUGAGAAAAUACAGACUGUUUUUGAUUUUGAUGACAUGAGUAUCUAUCAUUAUGUUGAUAAAUAUAUUGACGAAAUUAAUCGAACAGAUCGAAGUUUAUUUCCUCAAAUAGAAGAUAAAACAAUUUCGAAUGUUCCUCAAGAUUGGUAUAUUGAUGAUAUCCGUUUAUUAGUAAAUGAUUUAAACCCAGAAAUUUUUGUUUCACCUGAAAAUAAAAUUGAAAAUCGUACUUACGGUGAUCAUAUUAAACAAAAAAUUCUUCAAACAAAUAAAACAUUAUGUACAACCAAUGCUAUUUCGUUAUCAAUCCAAGAGUCUGCUCAACUAAAUGAAUCAGAUCGUGUUACACAAGCGGAUCAAAUUUCAGUUGAUACUUCAAUAUCUACAUCAACUCAUUUAUCAAAAACAACAGAAGUUCUUCAAAUCGUUCUUUCACAAACAACUACGCAAUAUUCAUAUGAAAAACCAGAAAUUGUUAUCCAACCAAAACAAGAUUGGAAUCCUCGAUAUCCAAAAGACUUAAUAAUAAAGCCAACGAACGAAGCCUACAAAAAUCUACAAGUAAAACGAAAAUAUCGACGAAAAACUAAUAAGCGUAUGAACAAAAAAGAACAAAGAAAAUUUAUCGGACUUCUACAAGGUGUUGGUAAUCAACGUUCUCACAUUCAAGUGAAAGUAGCUAAUUAA